CAGGUAUCUAGGUACCUACCCUGCACCGAGGUGGAGGGUUUUCAACCUCUCACGUGAUUCAGCCCACCACCUUGCCAUUUUUACCAUCCCACUUCAUUUUCGAUAUACCCUCUCUAAUCCCCGACGUCGUCCUCGUAUCUUUGUCAGUAAGUCAAUCCCAGAGCUUGCCUCAAACCGUGCCUACCGACCUUGCAGCUGGUCUUGAGAUUUCAAGCUCAGUUCCUAUCACCACCAACUCAACCAGACAACUUUCCGAUUUUCGGUCAGCACGUAAACAUGGAGAACGACAAGGGCAACAUCGUGGAUCUCUACAUCCCGAGAAAGUGCAGCGCCUCGAACCGCAUCAUCCGGGCAAAGGACCAUGCCGCCGUCCAGAUUGCGAUCGCGAAGGUCUCUGACGACGGCCGUGCCAUCCCCGGCGACAACCACGUCUACGCGCUGUGCGGCUUCGUGCGCGCGCAAGGAGAGGGCGACGACUCGCUGAACCGACUGGCCCAGAGGGACGGCUUCCUCAAGAGCGUCUGGAGCGCGGUGCGGUAAACUAUGGGUAACAUUUGGGCCGGUGAACGGGGGAGCUGAGUAGUGGGGAGCAAGAAUAAAAAAAUUGUUUCCUACUGGAGGGGGAAGUAGAGGAUAGAAUUCUCAGCCGACCGCAUGGAAUACUUGGGUCUUUUUACAAGGGGCGUCUACUUUGCGGAAUUCUUCGGUUUCGUAUGACAGAUAUGAGCCAGAUUCAUAGAAGAACUCCCGCCUGGGAUAUGUGAAAGGCAUAAGAAACCAUGGGCUCCCCUGGCCUUUUUCCCCCCACCUGAAAUGUCAUGUGCAUGCAUACGCUGCUGCUCUGUUUGAUCGAG